AUGAAACUACCCCUGGCCAUGGGUAAGCUGUACAGAACGUACAAGAGAUACAUAACAACAGAUGCUCCGAGCAACGAAAUGGAAAAAAAGAUCCUAGAAUUGGUAGAAGCCAUCAAUAGGAAAACAAUAAGAAUCUGCGUAACUCCCACACAAUCCAAUAGUCCGGACCAACAAACUAAACAAUACCAAUGGAUGGUGGAACUCCAUAAGCAUGGAAAACAGAAACA